AUGCCAAACCGCGAUGGGCUCCAGAACGGAUCGAGUCUCGACGUCAAUGGCAACGCUUCACCGGUUAUCCCUAGAAGAACCUCGCACGACGGAGGCACACUCGAAGGUCACCCGUUGGCCUUCUUGCAGACUCGUGACAAUCCGACGACACAGCAGAAGGGCGGUUCAAGUACACAAGCUUUCGCUGCGCCCAGUCCGGCGCCGAUCAUUUCGUCAUCGUCGUCGUUGCCUUCAACACUGAACGUAGAUGCAGAGCCAGUAGGUGGUCGACGACCGGGGCAAGAAGUGGUGGGCACAGAGAAGGACGCAGCAAAAGAGAGAACGAAGGAAGUGAAAGGCACAAGGACAUCCCUAGACCCUGCUGGGGCAAGACAUACACUACCCUCCAUUCGCACCACCUUUGGAGCAGCACCUAGCUCGUCAGAUGGACAGGGCCAGCAAUUGGGCGACAGGUCGCCGGGCGCUCGAUCCGGAUCACCAUCAAUGUCUUCGGCCCAGUCGCAACACACCUACGCCUCUGCUGAUCAUCUCUGGGGCCUGAUGCAGAGUGCGAUGAGCCUGAGCACGACCGCACCACCUUCGGCAACGAGUUUGGUCAACGACGCCGCCAGAAAGGAAGAGCUCUCAAAGUCACUCUCGGUGCCCGAGCAAGAGACCAGCGUCGAGCGUCCGCCAAUAUCUUUGCGAGCUCAAGCUGACAUCAACGAGCGGUCGCUGCUGCGUAGCUCGAGCGUGGCAGGGCCCGAGUCCAGGGAGAAGAGCGAGGGAGCUGGUGCCGCAGAAGAGGCGAGCAAAGCUUCGUUCAUCUCUGCCCAAAUGCUCCUCAUGCGGCUGCAAAGCUGCCGACAAGGUGAAGUCAUCGAGCACAGCAAUGCAGACUCGCUAUCAUCCGCAGCGCCUCGCGGCACCAACCACGACGAGGAAGACGAGGCAGAGGCGAAACGUGGCGAUGAAUCGGACGGUCUCGUCGGAAAAACCGCGUCGAAGUCGUCGGAGCAGCGUGACGACGCGUCUUGCCUCCGAGGCAUUAAAUCUGUUGCGGACGCCGACACUUCGUGGCGGUACACCGGCAUUGCCAGUGCAAAUGGUCCAGAUUUCGGAUAUCUCGACAGUCGACCCCCGCGAGCGAGCGAUCCCAUGAACUGGGACUUGGCUGCUGCAGUCGCUGCUUUUCCUGCAAGCUCCGGGUCGUGGCCCCAACCGUUGGCCGGCAAAGAGUCCACUUCCUCCACGGCCAACGAGUACGCCUCUCCAGCAACAUCCACCACUCACUUCGAUCAAUUAGCAAGGGCAGAGCCCCUCAUCUUGAUCGUCUUGCGGAAGCCGUCUUCGCUCCCUUUCCCUCCUAGCAGAGGAGUACACGAAGCCGAUCGCGCAAUUUGCACGACCAUUGGUGCUGUGCGCGUGGGCCUGCCACCGACUCCGGACAAGGCUACCUCUCACGUCGCCGAAAACUUCGAGCUCGCAGACAACUCAAUCUCGCUUUUGGCUCUUGAAUCAUACUGCUUAGACGACAUGAGCAAGCGGCGACUAUCCCAUGUGGUCUCGACUUCUCUCUCGGAGCCGGGUGCUUCUGCAGUGGCCGGAUUGUCGUCGAUGCCAGCGGCCGUUGUAGGCCGAAUGGCAUCAUCAUCGAGGCAACGACGUCGCUGGGCCAAGGACGUCGUCAUCAUCAAUUCCUACGACGACGAUGACGAGCUUGCCGAGGCACAGACGAGCAGCAGCGAGGCAGAGUGCUCUGCUUCUUACACAUCCACAUCGUCGUCGUCGUCCUUGCCAGUCACACCCGACAAGGGGGGUAGCCAAUCCAGACAUAGGUCACCACAAGCCUUCCUCGAUGCGAUCCACUGCCUCUCUUCCCCUCCACCUUCUUCUUCUUCUUCGUCUCCUUCCCUGUGCGAUCCCCAUCCUUGCCCCAAGUCGACAAGCUCCCUUUCGCCAUCGUCUUCACCAGCUUCUUCAUUAGCUUCUUCAUCAGCACAAACACAAGAACUUAAGCGACUGCCAGUCAAUUGGUUCUAUGUCGAGGGAGGCAUUGCCAGCCUUCGAAACACGACACCCGGUUUCGGACCACCCAACAACGCAAGACAGAUGUCAGCGAGCUCCAGUUUGGCUCGAUUGUCCUUGAAUGGCGCCAAGCAGCAGGAUGUGCCUUCUUCCAGGCAGGAGUUUGACAUUGAGAUCACUCGCGACGACCGGCUGGACAGAUUCUCCCAUUACCAAGUCGCCCACUUGGGCAACUGA